UGUCAUUAUGGGUUAUUGAACCGCGGCGGCACGCGGUUUUUACCUGAGACAGGUGUUUAAACCGCGUUGCAAUUUGGACAGCGGGGGUGCACGGAAAAUACGGGAUCCGCGUUGACGGUUGAAAUGGAACUUCAAGGCAGAACAGCACUUGUGACGGGCUUUGCUGGCGCCAUUGGAUCGGUGAUUGCUAAAUCUUUAGCGAACGCCGGAUGUGACGUCAUUGGGGUGGACAAAGUGAAACAUGAUAUUGUACGGAUGUCCAUCGAUGAAAUAAAAGCAGAAAGUAAACGAGAUCUUAAAUACUUCCAAUGCGACCUUUUAAACAAAGAAGACAUCCGCAAGGUUUUCCAAGAUCUGAAGUCUGGAGAUGUUGACAUUUUAGUUAAUGCAGCAGGUCGAGUAUCUAUCAACAGGGUUGAAGAUUUGUCUGAUGAUGUUUGGGAUGAAGAUAUAGGCGUCAAUUUGACUGCACCAUUCGUAUUGAUAAAACUGGUUAUUGGCUUAAUGAAAGAAAAAGGUUGGGGAAGAAUUAUAAACAUUUCUUCAAGUUUGGGAAUAAAGGCAACAGGAAGUAUAUCAAGUUAUAUUGCCUCUAAGACUGGUCUUAUUGGACUCACGAGGGCAGUUGCUGUAGAGUGUGCAGAUAAAGGCGUGACAUGUAACGCCAUCUGUCCUACGGUUGUGGACACACCAUUUAUAACAUCUUUUAUGGAACACCAACAGACAGCUACGGGAAAGAGCUACGAGGAAACAAAGGAGGCGGCUAGACAGUCACACCCAACAAAACAGUUUACUACACCUGAACAGAUAGCUGACUUAGUGGUGUUCCUUUGUUCCCCAGCAGGUCAGAAUAUGACUGGGACAGCUAUUCCUAUAGAUGGCGGAGUAACCAUCGCCUAAAGAAAAUACGGCUAAAAGCGACACCUGUGUAAUGUAGAAAUGAUAUGUACAUACAAUCACCAUUUCGUGUACUUUUAAUUAAAGCCCGUACAAUCUUAAAUUCAAAAUCACUGAAUAUAACUCCCACAGUUAUAUAGUGUUAUUAAACACAUAUAGAGUGUUUGCAAUGAUGUUCACACAUUCGAUUAACGAAAACUAAUAAACUUUAUCAUAGACGAGA